UCGGAGUCGAACGUCAGUGAUUUGUACUUCAAUACGGGUCUCCCGCGAACGUUGCUCUGACUUUACCAUGAGACAUACUGCCAGAGUACUUCAAUCGCUCGAGCGACAAGUUGUGCGUGCUAAGAGCACUGCAUUCAUUGGUCUUGGUCGAAUGGGCUCAGAGAUGGCCUUUAACUUCUUCUCGAAGACAUUCGCAGAAUCACCUGAUACCCGCUUUAUCAUUUGCGACGCUCUCCCCACCAGUGCGAUCACCUUCCGGCAGCACUUUAUUGCCCAGUUCCCUGGGGCACACAUCGACAUUGUUCUCACCCCCAAAGAGGCAGUGCAUGCUUCUCAAACAGUAUUGACGAUGCUUCCAUCCUCGCCUCAGGUCGAGACCGUUUAUUCUGAAGCAAACGGAGUCAUCUCUGCGUUGAAGUCUCUCAGUGCCGCGGAGUUGGCGCGCUCUCUUUUCAUCGACUCUACAACGUUAGAUGUUGGAAUUGCCCGAAACGUUGCAGCAGAGGUGAUCUCUGCUGGGGCGCAAAUGGUGGAUGCACCCGUAUCGGGCGGCGUAACAGGUGCCAAAGCGGGCACGCUAUCUUUUCUUGUUGGCGGGACCGAGGGUGCUUUUGCGCUGUCGCAGCCGAUCCUUGCUCAUAUGGGAAGUCGCAUUAUUCAUUGUGGCCCAUCAGGCGCUGGUCUGGGCGCCAAGAUAUGCAAUAACCUUGUUCUUGGAGUGCAACAGAUUGUCGUCGGCGAAGCAAUGUUGCUCGGACAGAAGCUGGGUUUGGAUCCGCGCAUACUUGCAGGGGUCAUCAACAGUUCUACCGGCGGUUGCUGGGCUUCGUCGGUCAACAAUCCGGUACCGUAUUCGCUUGCCGACAAGUCUCCACCGUGCGAACGUGAUUACGAAGGUGGAUUUGCGACUGCUUUGAUGUUAAAGGAUAUGCUUCUCGCGACUGGUGUUGCGGCCUCUACCGACAGCCCGUUACCACUAGGAAAAUCUGCGCAGAAUUUCUAUGCCGAGACGUUGAGGCAUCGACCGGAUCUGGCACAAAAGGACUUCUCUUCUGUGUACGAGCGCCUGCAACAAAUGAAGCGAGAAGAUUAAAGGGACCACGCGGACUUACCGAUGGCGUUGAUGCUAUGUCAUUAUAUCCGUUUCACCCAGGAUGUAGAUAAUAAACGUUUGGGCCUGCAUCACAAGAUGAGGGAUUUGGCUGCAAUUGGGUCCUACAAGUCACCAUAAAGUUCUAUGAGUCAGUAUUACUUUCCGGCGGCAACAAGAUUACGGAAUCAUUGACUGCUGUACAUAAGAUAGGGUGGAUUUGACGCGAAAAUUGCUCCGAAUGAAUUGCACCGUUACAUGGACCCUCGCGGCGAUAGAUCAGUGACCCUGAUAUUGAUAUGUAUCCGUGGAGGCCCAGAACGGCUUUUUCUGCGAAAAUGUCGGCGAGCAGAGUGAGCAGACCUGGGAUCCGGGGAAUGGAUGAGUAAAAUAUUUCGGGGCGCGGUUCCUUUUUUAAAUUUAUGGUUCUUCGGAUGAAAGUUUAUAGAUUACG